AUGGCCCCCUCAACCUCCACCCAUUUCCAAGACCCCCAACUCCCAACCUACACCCUAACCCUCUACAUCGCCUUCGGCCUCCUCGUCGACCCGGCCCAACAACGCCACUGGACAUUCAUAAUCCAGCACCCAGAAUCCCACCGCUGCACAUUCUACCACACCACCGGCGGCCCCACAACCUACAAGACCAGCAUCGAGCGGAACCAAACGCUGUCAGACCCGCGUCUCAGCGAAGUGACGCGGAUCGGGACCGUGUCCGCAACGAUGCGCGGCCGGGUAACGGGGAUCCUGUUCACUGUUCGGCCGCAGCGGUGCCACACGUUUAUUCUUGAGGUGUUGGCUGGUCUUGAGCGGGAGAGGGUUAUCGCGGUGGGGUGGGCGGCGUAUUUUGCGUCGUGCAGUGAUGCGGGGGUUUCGGUUUUGCAGCAGGUUCGGGCGGAGCGGAGGGUGGAGUUGGGGGUGAGGCACUUGCCGCAUGGGGUUUCGAGGAGGGUGGUUGAUAGCCUUGUGGAGAUUGCGAGGGGUCUGGAGAAGGAUGAUCUGUCGGAGUUGGAUUAUUGUCGGUGUUUUUUUUAA